UCCAGCCUCAUCGCCACCAACGAGGCGCACAGGCAGAUCCUGCGAGAUCACGGCUGCCUGCCCACACUGCUGCAGCACCUGAAGUCUCACAGCCUCACCAUCGUCUCCAACGCCUGCGGAACGCUCUGGAACCUUUCGGCUCGAGACGCCAAGGACCAGGAGGCAUUGUGGGAGCUGGGCGCUGUGGGCAUGUUGCGCAACCUCAUCCACUCGCGCCACAAGAUGAUCGCCAUGGGCAGCGCCGCCGCUCUGCGCAACCUGAUGGCCAACCGGCCGGCAAGGUACAAAGACGCCAGCGUGGUGUCGCCGGGCGCCGGCGCCCCCUCGCUGCACGCCAGGAAGCAGAAAGCUCUGUUCGAGGAGCUGGACGCCCAGCAGCUGUCAGAGACCUUCGACAACAUCGACAACCUGAGCCCGAAGGCAGCGCACAGGAAGGGGCGGGGCUGCAGCGGCGCCACGGGGGGGGGCGGCCCGACGCGCUCUUACACCAACACGCCCGUUCUGUCCAGCCCGAAGAGCGCCGACGGGUUGAAGCGGACGAGCGAGGAGCCGUUCGCCCGGCCCGUGUUCCCGCCCAGCGUCCGGGCGUCCAGCGACAGCCUCAACAGCGUCACGAGCGCAGACGGGUACGGAAACCGCGGCAAAACCAAACCGUCCACCGAGCCGUUCUACUCCUCGGACGAGAACGGAGGCAACAAGUGCUGCGUCUACAGGAAGUACCCGGCCGACCUGGCGCACAAAAUCCGCAGCGCCAACCAUAUGGCGGACGACGACGGCGGCGAGCUGGACACGCCCAUCAACUACAGCCUCAAGUACUCCGACGAGCAGCUGAACUCUGGGCGUCAGAGCCCGAGCCACCGCGGCGCCGCAGAGAGCGAGGAGACGAGCCGCUGGACGCCCGGCUGCGGCGCCGCGGUGACGCGGCUCCCAAAGGGAACCGCAUGGCGUCCGCCCCGCCGCAGCGGUAUGUCGCCACGGCAACAUCAAACUACAGGCGAGCCGGCACCGGAGCAGCCGAUCGACUACAGCCUGAAGUACGGCGCCGACGUGACCCGCAAACCUCUGUUCAAACCUGAGGAGAGCACCCCCCCCUCAGCACCCCCUCCCCCGCUGUCCUCAGCUAACAAGCUCCGCCCCCCGCCGCCGACCAAGCGCCCGCCGCCCAAAGGCAGCCAGGAGGCGCCGCAGACGUACUGCGUGGAGGACACGCCCAUCUGUUUCUCUAGGGGCUCCUCGCUGUCCUCGCUGUCAUCGGAGGAAGAGGAGGAGGAUGGGAGGAAGAGGAGGGGGGGAGGCAGCGACUACCCCACGCUUCCUGUGAGCGAGAAGGAGGAGCAGCAGCGUCAGCAGAAGGAGGCGCAGAGUCAGACCUCCAGUGCCGCCGCUGCUGCAGCCGCCGCCUCUAGGGGGCGACGCAGCCACCAUCAUCAUCAUCACGUGACAUCAUCCGGCGCCCGGACGCCGAAGAGCCCCCCCGAGCCGCCGUACGCUCAGGAGACGCCGCUGAUGUUCAGCCGCUGCACCUCCGUCAGCUCCCUGGACAGCUUCUCCACCUCCUCCAUCGCCUCCUCGGUGCGCAGCAGCGAGCCGUGCAGCGGCAUGCCGAGCGGCGUGGUGAGUCCCAGCGAUCUGCCCGACAGCCCGGGGCAGACGAUGCCUCCGAGCCGCGCCAAGACGCCACCGCCGCCCAGCAGCAAACAGGAGAAGAAGAAGCAGGAGGAGGAGAGCAGCGCCGACGUCAUGCUGCACUUCGCCACCGAAAGCACGCCGCACGGAUUCAGCCGAGCGUCCAGUCUGAGCGCGCUCAGUGUGGACGAGCCUUACAUCAUGGCGGAGAUGAGGAAGGAGGAAGAGGAGGAGGCGAACAAGGAGAGGAAGGAGAGGAAGGAGAGGGAGGAGAGGGAGGAGAGGGAGGAUGAGGAAGGGCAACUGGACGAGUCGGACGACGACGACGACAUCGAGAUCCUGGAGGCCUGCAUCAAGAGGGCAAUGCCCAAGUCGUCACGGAAACCAAAGAAACAACAACAGCAGCCGGCGCCACGGAAACCCAGCCAGCUUCCUGUCUACAAGCUCCUCCCCCCGCAGGGCCGCAGCCAAUCACAGCAGAGGAAGGACGGUCCAUCGGAAGAGGUGCCGAGGAUUUACUGCGUGGAGGGAACGCCGCUCAACUUCUCCACCGCCACCUCGCUGAGCGACCUCACCAUCGACUCACCACCCAAUGAGGAGGCUGCACCUGCGGCUCAGCCCUCCAAUCAGAGCAGGGGGGCGGGGCUUAGGGGGGCGUGGCCUCCUGAGGGCGACAACGGUGACGACAUCUUGGCGGAGUGCAUCAGUGCCGCCAUGCCUAAAGCAAGACCCAGGAAGCCGGUCCGCGCGGCGCCUGGCGAGAUACAGGCUCCGCCCCCUCUACAGGCUCCCCCCCCUCCCCCCCGGCCCCGCCUCUACUCGGCACGCAGCAGCAGAAGAAGAAACCGACGUCCGGUGAAGCCGAUGCCCCCGCGGGCGCCAUACAGCAUCUCCGCGGCAACAGCAGCCAAAGCAAAGCCGGGCUUCACCUUCGACUCGCCGCACCACUACACGCCCAUCGAAGGCACGCCGUGCUGCUUCUCGCGCAACGACUCGCUCAGCUCGCUCGACUUCGACGAAGACGAAGGCGGCGAGAAGGACGAAGAGAAGCGAGUGAAGGAGGAAGACGGCAGGAAGAGGAAGCAGCAGACGGCGGCCGUCGUUCCCCGAACAAAGCCCGCCGCCAACCUGCCGGACGACAGGCAGAAGUUCUGCAUCGAGGACACGCCCGUCUGCUUCUCCAGGAACUCGUCUCUGAGCUCGCUGAGCGACAUCGACCAGGAGAACAACAACAAGGAGUUCGCUGCCCCCCCCCCUCCGGAGCAGGGAGGAACAGCCGGCAGGAAGUCGCCCCCCCUGCAGGAAGAGCAGAAGCCCCGCCCCCCAGCGAGUGGCUACGCCCCCAGAGCGUUCCACGUGGAGGACACGCCCGUUUGCUUCUCCAGGAACUCGUCCCUCUCGUCUCUGAGCAUCGACUCCGAGGACGACCUCCUGCAGGAGUGCAUCAGCAGCGCCAUGCCCAAGAAGAAGAAGAAGGGCGCCGCGCCACCGUCCCUCCCUAAAGAAGAAGACGAAGACGACAACGGGAUAUUAGCCGAAGAGGAGCCUUCGGACGGGCCGCGGAGCCCCGCCUCCCCCGACUCGGAGUCUUUUGAUUGGAAGGCGAUCCAGGAAGGAGCGAACUCCAUCGUCAGCAGCCUGAACGCCGCCGCCGCCGCGCCGCUGUCCCGCCAGCCGUCCUCCGACUCGGACUCGGUGCUGUCGCUCAAGUCUGUUGGAUCCCCGUUCCGCCUGCCGCCGCCGUCCAAUCAGAGCGCAGAGGAGGGGGAGAAGGAGGAGGGGGGGAAGGAGGAGGGGGGGAAGCGAGGGGGGCGGAUCCUGAAGCCUGGCGAGCGCAGCACUCUGGAAGCCAAGAAGAAGAAGGAGCAGGAGGAGGAGGAGGAGGAGGAGGAAGAGGAGGCGAAGGCGCUGCGCGGAGGGAAGAAGGUUUACAAGAGUCUGAUCACCGGGAAGCCUCGGGUGGAGGCCAGGGGGCGGAGCCAACCUCAGGUGGAGGCCAGGGGGCGGAGCCAACCUCAGCUGGAGGCCAGGGGGCGGAGCCAAGCUCAGCUGGAGGCCAGGGGGCGGAGCCAACCCCGAGCGGCGCCCGCUGCCAAACCCCCAGGGAGCGACCCCGAGCGAGGCUCCUCUCGAGACUCCACCCCCUCACGCUCCUCCUCAGCCAAUCAGAAGGGAGGGAAACUGCUGCCGCCGCGCACCGCCUCUCCAGGAAGUGCUUCGUCUUCAUCAUCUUCAGCGUCCAGAACGACCAAUAAGAGCGGAUCGGCGGUGAGGAGCGGCGGUGGCAUCCCGAGGAGCGAGUCGGCGUCUCGAGUCGGAGGAUCGACGGCGGCGAAGAAAGCGAAGGCGGAGUCUGAGAAGCCGCCGGCGCUCGUCAGACAGUCGACUUUCAUCAAAGAGGCUCCGAGCCCCACGCUGAAGAGGAAGAUGGAGGACGGAGAGACCGCCUCCAGCCCAGAGAGGAUUCACGAGAGCCCUGUACGCCCACAGGAAGUGACAUCAUCAUCACGCUUCAGCCGCACCGGCACCUGGAAGCGGGAGAGUAGCAGCAGCGGGGGGGGAGGAGGAGGCGGGUCUAGCGGCGGCGGGAAACACUCGACCUCGUUGCCCCGCGUCGGAACCUGGAAGAGAACGGGAAGCUCCUCCUCCGUCCUGUCAGCAUCAUCAGAGUCCAGCGAGAAGGGGAGGAGUCAGGAGGGGCAGGAGGGGCGGGGCCAAGAGGACAGGAAGGGCACUUGGAGGAGGGCGAAGAGUGGGGGAGAGGGGCGGGGCUUCAGUGACCGAGCGGAAGACGUUUGGGUUCGAUUGGAAGAUUGUCCCGUCAACAACCCCCGCUCCCCUAACGGCCCCCCAAUCAUAAGCCCCGCCCCUUCCUCCUCCGUCAUAAGCCCCGCCUCCUCCUCCUCAAAGAUCCCGUCCUCCACCUCGUCCUCGUGCUCCAACCUCAACCUGCGGCGCAGCUGCGAGAGUCUGGACGACAAACAGCAACCGCCCCCGCAACCGUCGCUGCAACAGACCCCCCCUCAACAACAACAGACGCCC